AUGCUAUGUGUUGCCAGCUAUGUCGCCAGUGUGAUCGCAAACUAUUUCACACUCCGAAACGCAGCGAGGAACCAUCCAAAGAGGAGACGCUACCUAUGGGGUAGUCUAUGGCAGGCUCUAGCUCACCGUUACCUGUACCACCUACACACUCAGCGAGAACAGCAUUUCGAACUUCAAGAAGUCAACCAUCAGAGGGAUGCCGAGACCACAGCGGAAGCGGACGUCGCCAUCCAGAUAGCGCCGGUACCCAUGGCUCCGGGCUAUCCACAACUGAGGCCGUGCAAGGAUAGCACGUCCCUGGAUCCACACGCAGUGGCGUAUCAAUAG